AUACACCACAUGUACCCCCCAUAUGCUUGAUUAAAUACCUAACCUAAACCUGCUAAACAAUUUAUUGUUAUCUGACCUUUCCACAUCAUGGAACAGAAACCUCGAAAGCGCCCGAACCUUUGGACGAUCUUUAACCUCUAUGAGCCACGAUCGAUCAUUAUGAGACACCUUGACACAAAAAGCGCCCUCAACUUAUACCAAACAUCAUGGAGUAUGCGACAUCAUUUUCUUUACAACGAAUGGGAUAUCAAUACCAGAUUAAAGCGCUUUGUCAAACACCCGCUUCGAUUUAGAAGUCAACUAGGUCACUCUAACGCCCUGAUUUAGGGAGAAUUCGCGUUACAGUUCCUUGAUCGUAAAAAGUGGCUUGAUGGUGGCUUGGAUAUUGUAGUUCAGAAGGGCAAGGACCUGGAAGGAUUACUUGAGUACCUUACAACAGUGGAAAAGUAUGACUCGAACGUCAUAUUCGACGCCAAUCACUCCUUUGGGGAGCUCGUUGACGAGAAUCUCAUACUUUUGCGCUGGAAAAUGGUUGGUUCCAGAAAGAGAGUUGCGAAUCCCUGCAUAAAGAUCGUAGUAACGAGCAACAUACCUCUCCGCGUGAUACUACACACCUCGCCUACCACUGCCAGCCUCAAUUUUAUAUCUUGGAAUAAAGCCUAUUCGAUAUUCCCUCGGUCGACCUUCCUCGACCAUGAGACUUUGCCCCUCAAGCCUGUGGACUGGCAAUGGACUGAUCUGCACCGUCAAUACAGCGGUCGCGGCUGGCGUAUGCGGACCGAACCAAUCCGCGAGGAUAUACAGAAGUCUCGAAAAAAUCCUUACGGGAUAUGGCCGGAUAGACGUGUCGGCGAUAAAGAAUCAUGGGUACUACGACUCGACACAACUUCUGUCGAAAAGCCUUCAAGACCAGACUUUGUCCUUGAAUUGUCUGGGUUUCAUAUUUGGGCCCCUUUCAAAUGGGAUGUCCCGCUUCAUGAACGGUCUAGUUGGUUGGCGGUGAGAACUAACCUCUGUGUUCAUAUUACUUCAUUUGUCUUCCAAUCUCCUUCCUUGAGAUACAAAUACACCUUCUCGCGGGCAGGCGACCAGGGCAAGUUCUGGAAGCAUCUUGGCCGCAUUUUUUCUAGAAACACACUUGGUCAACUCAUGAAGUUAGCAUCGAAUUACUUCGAUGUGAUCCUAAACGGUCAGCAGCCGUGGGAAGUAGCUCCUCAUUCCUUGGAAUUCGUUAAGCCGCAAGGAUGGGACUACUACGAUGAUAUGGUCCUGACAUACUUCGAAGAGGGUUUCCCAGGAGAAGAGGUCGCUGGGGGAGUACAAACUCAAGCCCAGACCGUCUGAGGGGGACUUCUAGCCAUACAGCACUAAGAGGAAGGGACUAUAGCGGAACACAACACUAGAGAUGCAUCAUCUAGCGGUACAACCACAGCACCUCUAACUGGGUUAAGUAACUUAGCAAGCUAAUUACGUACCCAGACAGCGUUUGUAAAAUUACUUAGGUAUAAUUAUUGAGUUUGCAAUGCAAUUGUUAUUAAAUCAUACCUAGGUAGUUCUAAUUCAAUGUCUAAGGACAAAAAUCAAGUGG